UCUCUCUCUAGUUUCUCUCUCUAGUUUCUCUCUCCUCUUUCAUAUAAUAAUAAGAAGAAGAAGACUUGUAUAUGGUAAAGAGAUGGGUAAGGGAAGGGCUCCAUGUUGCGAUAAGAAUCAAGUGAAGAGAGGUCCAUGGAGCCCUGCUGAGGAUCUCAGGCUCAUCAAUUUCAUCCAAAAUUAUGGCCAUGAUAAUUGGAGAGCUCUCCCUAAGCAAGCAGGAUUAUUACGAUGUGGAAAAAGUUGUCGUUUGAGAUGGAUCAAUUACCUUCGACCCGAUGUAAAACGAGGAAACUUUACACAAGAUGAAGAGGAAACCAUAAUCAAGCUGCAUAAAACUUGGGGGAACAAGUGGUCUAAAAUUGCAUCUCGUUUGCCAGGAAGAACAGAUAACGAGAUAAAAAAUGUUUGGAACACACAUUUAAAGAAGAGAUUAUUAAAUACGGCGACAACCAAAGAUUGCAACGAACCAAAGGAGUCUCUGACAACUUCAUCAUCUUCCUCCUCGAGUUUACGCCUCUCCAACGAAACUCAAGACUUAGAGACCGAACAACCGAACAAGACCAACUAUGUUACCAGUGAUCUCUUUUGUCCCGAACAACAAACCACGAGUUCCCUUUCGAGUAACCCCUCAAAUUCAAACUCAAGUAGCCAAGUUGACAAAGUUUGGCCUCAAAACCACUUAGAUUUUGGAGAGGAAGUGGAGAAGAAGAAAGAGAAUAAGCAAAUAAGGUCGGAAUUGGAAUUGGAAUUGGAAUUGGAAUCAAUCGAAAUCCCAUUAGAAUGGGAUAAAGAUUUUUGGAACAUAUUAGAUUUAGAGGACAUAGAUCUAUUCGGAUCUAACGAGGUAGAUCAAUAUUACUGUCAAGCUUCGAACUUUGGAGAAGAAAAAAGGCAGGAAUUUGAAAAUGAUAAGUGGUUUAAGUAUUUGGAGAACGAGCUGGGAUUGGAAGCCGAUGGCUGCUCCGGCGCCGACGAUGUCACGGCGGCCGAGAGACUGCUAAUGGACGACGUGGACCCUUGUAUGGCUUAUUUUGCAGAUGGGUUGACAUAACAACUUUAGAGCUAAAAUCCCACUUCCAAAACAACCACUUUCAUCUCUUGAAUAAGAACACAGGCACUGGAGCUAGUGGCCGGUUCAACAUCUGAAGCUUACAACAAAUC